AGACAGUCUACCCAAGUUACUCGGUUGCAUUGAAGCGGCUUUCGAAGUUUCAUUCAUUGUACACAGAUCAUGAUUUCCCGGUUUGCAAAGUCUUUUCUGACGAUUGUCCUUGGCCUCUUUCUGCUGGCCACAGUAGCAUUCCUUCACCCCCCUUACCGCGCGUACAUCGACCCAUGGACUGGCGACUUCUUCGGUGAAGGCGGCGUCGAACAGGACCUACGUCCUCCCAUUUAUGAUGGUGCAAGGCCUUCGUCAGCGCAGGGAGGUGUUAUCAUGUCGAAGUUGGGGAAUGAGACAGCCAAGGCGGAACUUGGUCGCGCGACGUGGAAGUUGCUCCAUACCAUGACUCUACGGUACCCUGAGCAUCCGACGCAGGACGAAAGAGAUGCUUUGAGUUCGUACUUGCAUCUUACGUCGCGCCUAUACCCCUGUGGCGAAUGCGCAGCUGAAUUUCAAGAAUUGUUGAAGAAAUUCCCGCCCCAGACAGGAUCAAGAUUGGCAGCAAGUCUAUGGCUGUGCUCAAUACACAACAAAGUCAACGAGCGGUUAGGAAAACCGCCAUUUGACUGUGCCCACCUUGAUGAGACGUAUGACUGCGGGUGUGGAGACGACAAAUCAACAUCUGCAGCACGACAGCCAGCAUCAUCUGACAGCGCUGACGACCCAAUGGAUUUAGAGUGGGACACUGCACGAGACGGCGUCACUGGUGUAGGAAUGAUCAAAGGUGGGAAGCGAUAGCCGCCUCGCUGCCAAACGUGUUUGCGUCGGACCUGGGUUGUGUUUUAUUUUAUACAACGGUUUGAUCGGCUUGUAUGCUUUUGUUUCUGAUGUUUUGGAUGUAUCUAAUACGGUUGUGUAUACACCCUUCCUCUCCUUACUUGGAUAUGCCCCUUGUUCACCUUUGCUGCAGUGAUGCACGAUUCUUCUCACAUAUUUUACGGUAUAUAUCCUAGUGAUUUCAAGCUACCAAUUUGUUUUUAGAGAUUUCAAGACUGACCAACAGUUGAAACGCGUAUUUCGAA